AUGAAAGGUAGACGAAUACUUGGAUCUCCCAACGACAGUCCCGAUAAUGUCCGUAAGAAGGUCAUUCUAGAUCCCCAGAGUCCUACUCCUUCACAUCCCAAAAGCAAUGCCAUUGAUGACAUCAGUGAGGAAAUUAAAUGUCCCAUUUGUAAUGAACCUAUGAUAAAUAUGUUUCAACUAAAUCAACAUAUUGAUGAUAUACAUGUUGACGGCCAACCCAACAAGUCAAUUGAUACAGAAACAAAGGUUUCAAAUACUUCCUACACCUCACCAACCAUCAAUAAACUCAUCAACAAUGAUUUCAUCCAAAAAGAUAUGAAAAAGUGGUUUGACACCACUCCCACUAAACGGAAAACCAUCAGUUUAGAUUUAUUUGAUGGCAAUAAAGGAUUCAGUCUAAGUGGAGAGAAUAAUAAUGACGAUUCUGUCCUUAGCGGAUCAGAAGCUAACACUCCAAAAUCAACUUCGAGUCCAUUGAACAAACCAAGGAUCAUCAGAAGUCAUUGGAAACAUCCUUCAUCCAAUCCUCAAUGUAAAUUAUGUCAAAAACCUUUAAACGUCAAGCACGGGAUUGUACAUUGUAGGAAAUGUGGUGAAUUGACUUGUAAUGAUGAUAGUAAUUAUAAGGUUUGUCUACGUAACCCACAUAAGAAUGAAACAAUCCCUCAGUAUGAUAAAAAUGGGAUUUGGAGUAAAUGUUGUAGAACAUGUUAUUUUGAUAAACCCGAUUUGAAAAAUCAGGGACAAAUCAAUAUGGUAGAUUUGACAGAUAAGUUCAAGAGGAUGAGAACCACUAACAAUGAGACGAGUCAAUUAAACAGAGACAAGUUGAUCAAAAGAUUCAUAAAGAUAAUUAAUUUCCUUUCUGAGUAUUACUUAACAAAGAAAGAUUCAUUUCUUUCAUUUUCUUUGAGUGAAGACCAAGAAAUCAUAGAUAAACAGAAACAAAUAAUCGGUUUUGAAAAUUGGCAAGAUGAUGAUACUAUCAACCAUUGUUAUAUCUGUUUCACAAGGUUCAAUUUUUUAGUCAGAAAGCACCAUUGUAGAGUUUGCGGUAAAAUUGUAUGUGAUGAUAAGUUUGAACAACGACAAGGAUGUUCCUUAUUGGUACCCGUUCCCAUAGUGUUGAAGAUCUUGUCUAAUCUAAACUAUUCCAAAUUUGUAUUGGAUAAUUGGAAGAAAUUAAUGAGCAAUAAUGACAUAACCAUCAGAAUGUGUAAGAAUUGUAAGAAUGACUUAACUUAUGAUUUCAAGUUGAAGUCCCUCGAAAAUCCAGAGGAUACGGAGGAAUCUAAUAAUUUGAAAUUAAUAUUCCUGGUUUACCAGCAAUUACUUGUGGUGAAGAACAAUAUCAAUCACUAUCUUCCUAAAUAUGAAAGUCAACUUCUUUCACCGGAAUUAAAGAUCGAUAUCACCAAUAAAUUGAAGGACAGAAUCAUGAUAUAUCUUAAAGACUUCGAAAGUCUUAUAUUCCAAUUCAAACAUAAGUUUUAUCUUCGAAGUGGAGAAAUAAACCCGGUCUUUUCCAAAAAUUUCAAACUCAUAAAUGGUAUCAAUCAAAGCUUGAUCUUAUUCUUGCAAGAUAAUCUCCUCAAGUUUAAAGACUUGAAUGAAAAGUUCCGUAAUAUUGAAAAUAGUCUCCUCCCCAAAGAAACUAUCGACAAACCAAAACUCACAAAACGUCAAAUACGAGAAUUGAGAGAACAAUUGAUGGUGAUGAAUGAACAAAAAUUCAUCAUAGAGAACAUGAUAUACGACAUCACCAAACAAAGGAAGUUCGACCAAUUGCAGCCAUUAUUGAAUAAUAAACAAGAGUUAGUUAAUGAAAUUGAAUCACUUGAAGAGAAAUUAGGAGAAUUCGGAUUUUAA